CGCGCUAGCUGGCUGGCAACGCGACUGCACCUGCAGCUCUAGGUAUUCUAAAAAUUUACAUCAAUACAUCAAUCAAUCAAUACAACCUACAUACCGCAUCUUUACCCACCUUACGUUCAUUCCUCUACUUAACAUCCACAAGUUCCCUUUGUUGGGCAUGUGAGCUAAGUUAAAACCCAAAAAAAAAGGAAAAAAAUAAAAAUAAUAUAGCAUUCCACACCCAGGGAAUCAUGGCCCUAUCUAGAUCAGCCAGUGGCCCUGGCGGCCUGUCUAUCAACACGUCGUCCGCAAACUUAUUUGGAUCGAACAGUAGCCAGCCUCCCGCUCCCGGAGGCCUUUUCGGCAGUACAUCAACUACACCUAAGCCAUCUUUAUUCGGUAACACUACGACUUCUUCCACCGCUACCACCCAGCCCCAAUCCGGCGGUCUCUUUUCAUCAUCUUCUGCCACUCCAUCCCAGCCGUCACAGGGAGGCGCCGGUCUAUUCGGAGCAGCGAAUACUACUACAACCCAACCACAGCAGGGAGGGGGGCUUUUCGGGAGCUCGCAGACUACUCAGACCCAACCGCAAACGCAAACCCAGACCCAGACCCAGACCCAACCCGCCAGCGGGCUGUUUGGCGGUAGCACGACCGCUCAGCCGACAUCUACGGGAACUGGGACUUCUGGAUCCCUCUUCGGCAGUUCUUUAAACCCUACACAACCAGCGGCGAGCAAUGUGGGAUCAUCUUUAUUUGGCCAGGCAGUUCCAGCGCAGCAGAAAUCCAGCUCAUUUGGGAGUACUCUCAGCCAACCAGCUCAAUCCCAACCGCAGCAGCAACCUGGCUUGGGCCUAGGUAGCUCGCUCGGCCUUGGCUUAACCAUGGGCCAAUCGUCAAAUCAACAGACAGUUCCCGGUGUGCGUAUCGACGUAAGCAACCUUAAGGGUACUACGCGGUUUAACGACCUCCAAGAGGACCUACAGAAGAAGAUAGAGGCUGUCGACAUGUUAAUCCAGACACAAAUGAAAUACAAGGACGAGGUAGAUUCAUUUAUGCCCGGCCAUAAGGAAAUGCUCGAGAGCAUCCCCAACGACGUCAGUUUCGUCGCUAAGAAGUACGAGAGUGCGCAUAGUGCGCUAGCAUCGGCUGCUCAGGCUAUCGAGGCAUCCCGCGGCUUAGUCGCCCAGGAUGUAGAACACGCCCGGUUAAGUUUCCGAGCUAUCGAUAACUUGAAGCUACCCGAACAGUAUCACACGGCCGGGAUAUGGUCGCCCAGGCAACAGUCAGCAGGCACAGCAAAUACGGAGGCGGACGGACAAGACCUGGUCAGCUUUUUCUCUAAGGCGGCUGAUGAUAUGGAAGAUCAAGUAAAGAAAUAUGACCGGAACAUGACUGAGAUUGAGAUGCAUAUGCACAGCGUUUCCGACAACCUAGUGGAGCAGUUGCAGAAGAUGAUGGCUAACAAGAAUGGGGCGUCAUCUGGUCCUAACGAGAAGGCCCAAGAGCUUAGCGCUGUGCUUAGAGAGUUACAGCAGGGUAUUCUGAAGGUGGCUAGCGAUGUCGCAAGCGCGAGAGAAGAUAUGACCCAGCUGCAACUGGGAAACUUCAUUAGCAACGAUGGCGACCGCAAUGGCGUGUACUAGGUAGCAUUAUGUUUCUCGGGGCUGUGUAUUAGGUCGUUUAGAUACCCAAAUGGAAACUUAACAAUAUAGCCC